AUGAGCCCGAAACAACCCGUACAACGAGCGCGUUCAUUGCAUGAUAAGGCAACGGCCAAAUCACGGCCUCGAUUGGAACCAUCGCUGUUGCCUCUGAAGCCUGUUGAAAAUCCAUCAUCAAACCAAGAUUACGUCCUCAAUCCGACUUCGAUCCCGCCCAGCAAAGUGUCACCUACAAAAGCCUGUCGCGACCCGCGAACUUCAGCCCCAACUCAAGAGCGAUUGGGGUUUGUCCCGAUCACUGCCCCUGCAACUCCUGCAUUUACUACUGAUUCUCCAAUUAAAAAAAUACCAUUUGAUACUUAUAUUCAUCCGACCACCUCAUCCGUUCCAAUGCCGCAUUCUGCCUUGUUCACAACAUUCUCCAGUGUCAACACGGAAAAUAAACCUUCAUUAGAACACCAGGGCGCAGACAUGUCUUCUGCAGAAAAUUUUGCUGAUUUUCCUGAGCCAUCUCUGCUCGCCAAGCAGUCCCUCAAACGAUCACUUUUGGAGGCGGCACCUUUGAAAGAGCGGUCAAAGAAACAGAAGCGCGAAGAGCCUACAACAAUGCGACUUCCAGAGCCCCAUGAGCUGCCACCAAUUGAAGACGACGGCACGAAACCCCCCUACAGUUACGCUACUCUCAUCGGAAUGUCAAUAUUACGUGCUUCUAAUAGAAGAUUAACCUUGGCGCAAAUCUACAAAUGGAUAUCAGAUACGUUCUCAUACUAUAAGAACAGUGAUCCAGGCUGGCAAAAUAGCAUUCGUCACAAUCUCAGCCUGAACAAGGCUUUCAUUAAACAAGAACGCCCGAAAGACGAUCCUGGAAAAGGAAACUACUGGGCUAUUGAGCCAGGCAUGGAAGCACAGUUUAUAAAAGACAAGCCUUUGCGCCGAGCGACGAUGUCCAGCAUUCCCCUACCUGUCGUGCCACAGCGGGAACUUGUACACCCACAGGGCUCAAGCACGACCACUUGGGCUGUACCGCCACCCGCGCAGCCUUCUGUUACACAGAGCUCUAAGCAGAUGGAUUUGUCUUCUGAUGCCACUCUUCCUGCGUCUGAUCCUGCCCUCCAGGACGACGCGGGUGACGAGAGUGCAAACUGUGCAAUGAAAAUUCCCCCUCCACGAUCUUCGCCUCCACAGCCAAUUCAUUCGUCUCCUCCCGUUGCACCGCCUCGAUUCACGCGUCCCGGAACUCCGCCAACUCCUUCGCUUUCUGCUGCUCCUAGCAAUGGCCCUCGGCAUCGUAAGCGAAAAUCAAACGCCAUGAAUGACAGUGGCUACUUCUCAUCACUGGAAUCCUCUGCGAUGCGGUCAAACAAGGCUAGCCAUAUCUUGACUUCUGACCUGGACAUAGAGCCGCCUCGCAUCAAGCGUGGACGGGCAGAAGAAGAGAUUGCGCGAAUUCGAAGUUCCUCGCAUGAUGCCAGCCCGAGUCAUUCUGGAUAUAUGAAGGAAGCUGGCGUAAUUGUCGGGUCUUCGCCUAUCCGCAACGAAUAUAUCAGCAUGCUGCCACCUCCAAUUACACCUUUGAUCAAAUUCAAGAAGCCUGCAAAACCUCCGCCAUCAGUUUCUCCAAACACUAACCUUAGAAAUCAUCGCAAGAAGAUCCAGCAAAUGGUCAACUCUCCCAUUAAACAUUUAGGUCUCACCGAAGAUGACCUUCCGUGGAGUCCUGCCUUCAAUAUCCAGGACGAGACUUACACUCCACGUGAUAACCUCCACACUUCGUUCGACGUGUUUGCCGAUGCGACGGCGGACCAUAUAUCCACCCCUGCUUAUGGUUCCCCCGAAAAGCGCUCGAUCAAGCGGAGUCGAGCAGAUGCAAACGGCUCUAGUAGCAACGUACUAUCGGAUAUCACGACAAUGAGCGCCAACAACCGGAUUGGGGGCCACAAAUCCUUAUCGCCUAGCAAAUCAAAGGGCCUCCUUUUCCCAGAGUCACCAUCGAAACUACCUGACCCCGGACGCUUCAUUGAUACUGCACAUGAUGAUUUUUUCUCGUUCCAUCUUUUCGACGACAGUCCUCAAGAGUUAGACGGUGUAGAUCUUUUGCAAGGAUUUCAAAAGAUUGGAGGUUCAGGAAAGGACGACCCGUCGAGAGCUCGACCUCACGUCUCCCGGCCUCAUUUUCAGCGAAGCAGUAAGGCGCUGUUCUGA